AUGGCUACCGAAGGCCGUCCGGUUACACGGGUCCGGGCCUCCCUCACCUGCAUUCCGUGCAAGCGGAGAAAGGUGAAAUGCGACAAGCAAAAGCCGGUCUGCCAGCAAUGCAGACGCACAGGCGUCUCUUGUUCAUACGAGGCCGUUCCCACGGGACCGGAUCCGCCCUAUUCGGAACAACCGCCAAAGAGACAGAGAACUGGCCCAGCAUCCCAGCUUGCCGGUGGUGGAACAGGAAGCGAUCGCCCUGUGCCCGUCGUAUCACUAGCGAGCCCAGGGCAGGCGCAGCAGCCUGCCUUGUCCCAGAACCCGGCGCCGUCGGAAGCAGAUACGUCAUGGGCGUCCCAUCAUGGUGCAGAUAUAGGGACGCAGUUUCUCCCCGAAGACGAUGACCUCUCGUUUCUCGAUGACACCGAUGGCCCGUCGAACUGCAGCGCGAACGGCCUGGGUGAGUUCUUUCUGUCCACCGACUUGAUCACAUAUGGCUCUGCUCCGCUGUCAGACACCCGUGAUCAUGUCCGUGCUGCCACUCAUCCAAGCGCUUCAACGAAUUCUGAGGACAGCAACACCUUGGAGUUGCCUGUCUCUGUCGCCAACCAUAUAGAGAGUCAUCCUGUCCCUACCACCAAAAGAACCAAUGCUGCGGAUUGCUUCGGAGCCCAAGAUCUAGAUUUUGGGCAAAGAGCAUCUCGGCCUUUGAGGUUCAUGCCCGACAAUCGCCUGACGGGUUGGGAACUACCAGCAUGCUUGAGUGAUGUGACAAGGCACCUGCGUCGCUACGUUGACAGUCCCUUCUGGGCCCUUGCUGGGAACCAAAAGCUCGGGUGCACCGCUCUCCUCCAGAACCACAUAACGCAAUAUCACUCUCAGCACUUCCACGAGCGGCGCUGGGCAGAGCUCUCCAAGGUUCUGCAGGCACUCCCCUCCAAAAGGCUGUGCGACGUCCUGCUGCGGUCAUUUCUGCUCGGCGUGAGGCCGAUACUACCUCUCGUGCACGUCCCUACCCUGAAGACGCAGUACGACUCAUUCUGGGAUCGGCACGGCGACAGGCACUCGGCCACACCACCCACCAGGAGUCUGAGGGAAGACCCUUCCUUCGCAUGCCUACUGUGGUCGGUGCUCUACUGCGGGGCCGUGGCAGCCUCACCGGACCUCCUUGCCGAGGCACAGUUCCGGGUUAGUGACACGCCAGCAUUCCUCUCCCGGCUACGAUCCAAGUUGAACGAGACGCUAGAAAUAUGUUGUCAAGCCCAGCUACCUACUCUGAACGGGCUGGUGGCCUCACUCUUGGCGGAGGAUUGCGACCCAACUGUCGACCAGAUCCUGGAUAUGCCUCUUUUCAUCUCCCGGUCGAUUCAGGCUGCAAGAACGAUGGGCUUGCACCGAGAAGACACGCUGGCUGCAAUGGGAGAAGUGGAGGGAGACAUCGGGAGACACGUGUGGCACCACCUCAUCCACUUGGAUGUUCUUGCCACCAUCCGGUCUGGGACAACAUUAUCCCACAGUAGUGGCGAAGACUCAUACAACACGCUUGCCCCCAACGAACACGGCGGCCAGAAGUCAGGUCGCAGCUUUCCUUAUCAAGCGGAUCCACGGGCCUCCCUAAGCAACAUUGUGGCCACCGGUAAGUAUGAGCUUACUCGCAUCAUCAGACGCAUUCUAGAAACAUGUUACGGCAGCAGCAGCUCGCCGCCGCCGAAGGGUCAACUAGAGAGGGUGGCUGACGACAUUGAGCGUUUCGAGAAAAGAAUCGACGGCCUCAUAUCCAUGAUCGAGGCCCGCGGGCUUCCCGAACACGGCCAGAUUUCGUCCCAGCUACUUAGCGCGAGCCCUCUCACACAUGGCCAUUUGUACCAGGAUGACCCUCACGAGUCGGCGGUCUUCAGUGCUUACUGCCGCAUCUGGCUCUCCAUGAUGAAAUAUUACGCCUCCGUCCUCUUUAAUCGCCAAUUUCUCCACCAGACGAGUCUAGACCAAAGCUCUAGUCUCUGGAGCCUGUGA